AUGCCAACUCUAACUUCCUAUUUUACCAGUGUCAAUAGUGACAACGAUCAUUUGGAUUUCAUUCCAUCCUCAAGGUCACGCAACAAUAUCCUUGCACACAGAAAACCAUCACCAAGAAGAACCACCUCCACUGUAACCACCAUAACAACCACAACGAGUGGUCAGUCGGACUCUCCAUCUUGCUCACCUCCUCCCUCUCCUCAUGGUAGUAGCUUCAGAGGAGCAGUCAGUUUAUCCAUCAACUCGGAACGUUUUCGGUCCAAAAGCUGUUCAUCAAGCCCAAAUUUGUCACCUGACAGCCAUAGCGCAUCACGAAGUAAAUGUUCGAGUAGUAGUGGUAGUAGUGGCAGUGGUUUCAUGUCUGUUCAUUCCCCUGGAUUUCAAAUAGUGUAUAGUAGCAGCUGUAGUAGUGGUUCUAUUGGAUCCACUGUGGACAAUGGUUCCAUGGGCACAACAAAUGCAUCAUCAUCAUCCUCCUCACCAUCACCUCGUAUCCUUGUCGAUGGUUGUGAUAAAACAGUCAAAGAGAUUCUCAAAUGUUAUCAUUUCAGUUUUGAGAAGUUUAUAACGGCUGGACCUGAAUUUGUGGAAUCUUUCAAAGAAUACUUAAAUUUGGAAUGUAAUUUGGCUCCUUUUGAGUUUUUUGAAAAGGUGACAGAGUUUAAAUUGUUGAGUUUGCCACAAGAACGAACAAAUAUGGCUCACACAAUAAUUGACAAUUUUGUGAAAAUGGCAAGUGACAAGGAAAUUAAUAUUUCCAGUAGUAUACGAGAGAUGAUUUGUUCUGAAUUUAAAUCGAAUCAAUCGAAUGGUGAUAUUCCUCUUUCACUUUUUGAUAGAGCCCUUACUGAAGUUCAAUUCUCAUUGAAGAAUGACACUUUUCAAAGAUAUGUCACAUCGAAUGAUUUUGUGAAAUUGGUCAUGCACCAACUUCAAGAUACCACUCAUUCUCCAACUCUAAUUCAUGGCAACACGACACUCACAAGUACAACUCUUCGAAGAAUCAGUACUUGCAGUGAAGAUGAAGAUCUGACCUUUGAAAACAGUAUUCAUAAUUUUUGUACUUUGAUUGGAAACAAACUUUCUCCAACACCACCAAGAGGAAGAAUUAUAUCAUGUGCACAUCAAGUACCAUUCAAGUACCAACAACACAUUGAACACAAGUAA